UGAAAUUAGUCUUCUCAGAAUUCUCAAGUCUCACAACCUCCCAUUAUUAUUGCCGAGUCCAUUGCUCCGUUCUCCAUUUCUCGAUCUCUUUCCAUUUUCUCUCUCCCUCCUAUAUCUACUAUACUAUUCACUUCCUUAACUAACUCUCUCAUCUAUCUUCUUCAUUUCAUUUAUGGCCAAAGCUCGUGGUGGACUCCCCUUUCAUCCAGAUCCCAUCUCUGCAGAUAACCACCAUUCUUUCCGUCAACCACACCCACUCCCCUCGCCAAUGGACUCUCCGGUCAACAACUCGCCCCCCACUCUCCACUUCCCCGUCGACGUUCCCUGCACCGCCGAUCAUCACAAUGAUCAUCGCAAGAGAACUCAUGUAUUGGGUGAAGUGGACUUCUUUGCUGACAAGGACGACGACCGAGCCUCCGGUGCCGCCGUGCCUACUGCCGCCGCCGCCGCCGACUUGGAUUUUAAUGUGAACAUUGGUUUGCAUCUUCAUACGACAAAUGCUACCGGUGGCCGGUCAAUAGUUGAGGAUGGCCUAUCACCUAACUCUCAAGACAAUAGAGCUAAGAAUGAGGUAGGAGUUAUUAAAGCUGAAUUGGACAGAAUGAACGCAGAAAAUCAACAUUUAAGGGACAUGCUAAAUCAAGUCACCAACAACUAUAGUGCUCUCCAAACACAUUUGACUUCUCUAAUGCAACAACAAAAGCCUCUGAGGCCGUUUAUGGGUCUCGGGGCCGAGGCGGCGGAGGAUGCGUCGCAGUCGUCCUCUGAGGGGAGGAGCGGUGGCGGCGAACCGCCACGGUCUCCGGUGAAUAAUAAUGUGGAAAGCAUGUCGGGAGAGAAUAUAUAUAGCUUGGAAAAAGGGUCAAGUAGUAGUAAUGUAAAGGUUGCUAAGACUACAGGUCAGGGUUCAAAAAGUAGUAGUGGUAAUGUUGAUCAAGCUACUGAGGCUACUAUCAGAAAGGCUCGUGUCUCCGUCAGGGCUCGAUCCGAGGCUGCAAUGAUCACAGAUGGGUGUCAAUGGCGGAAGUAUGGGCAGAAAAUGGCGAAGGGAAACCCGUGUCCCCGCGGCUACUACCGGUGCACCAUGGUAGCUGGCUGCCCAGUUCGGAAGCAAGUCCAAAGAUGUGCAGAAGAUAGGACUAUUUUGAUCACAACCUACGAAGGCAAUCAUAGCCACCCGCUGCCGCCGGCAGCUAUGGCGAUGGCGUCCACGACCUCCUCCGCCGCGAGAAUGCUCCUUUCAGGGUCGAUGCCAAGCGCUGACGGGGCAUCCGUGGCGGCGCUAAUGAACAACUCGAACUUCCUUGCCAGAGCCUUCCUCCCGGCGGGCAUGGCUACAAUCUCAGCCUCAGCACCUUUCCCUACCGUUACAUUAGACCUAACCCAAACCCAAACCCAAACCCCCACCCCCAACCCCCUCCACUUUCCAAGAAUACCCCCCAACCAUUCCCACAAUAAUCAAGCUGCCUUGUUGCCUCUUUUUGGGCAGCCUUUGUCCAACCAAACCAAAUUCUCCGGCCUUCAUCUCUCACACGGCUUGGAAAAUCAAGCAAUGCAUCAGCAGAACCCGGCCGAGUUGGCCGUCACCGUGAACGCCCUGACGUCGGAUCCUAACUUUCCGGCAGCCCUUGCGGCGGCCAUCGCUUCCAUUCUCGGUGGUUCGGACAACACUGCUGCUAGCAACGCCGCCACCCUCGGGAACGACAAUGCCGGCAGCGUUACCAUGGAAACUACCAAGUAACCUGUUACGUUCCAUGCAUAUUUCCAGUUUAAUAUAUAGUCCCACUUCAUUAUAUUUAUUUAUCUUUUAUCAAUUUUCAUUU